AUGCGUCUUGCCCCGCAGCCAAGCGCGCAACCUUUGCGGCUCAUAGUUCUGCUCCUCCUCACCACGGGGGUGACCGCGUCCCCGGUACUCUCCUCUGGCUGCCCGGACAGGUGUGUGUGUGACGACCAGCUGGUGGUUCAAUGCGCUGGGCAGCACCUGACCACCUUCCCGGUCAAUUUGCCGCUGGCCACGCGGCAGCUCAUCAUCUCCAAUAACCGCAUCGUGGAGCUGCCGCCGCUCGCGCUCAACUACCUCUCCGAUCUGGUGUACCUGGACUGCAGCAACAACUCCCUGACGGAGAUCUCAGAGUCCACGUUUGGGAAUCUACGCAAGCUGGCCUACCUGGACCUCUCCUUUAACACCUUGACCCGAAUCGAGGACAGGACGUUCGGCCCAUUGGCGAGCCUGGUGAUGCUGAGGAUGACGGACAACCCGGGACUCUCGGAGAUCCAUCCGGACGCCUUUGCGGAAAACGCAGCCCUUCAGGUUCUGGAUGUGAGCCGGAACAACCUGACGGUCCUCAACAUCACCUCCCUGAUCGCGCUGCCCGCCCUGCGCUCGGUGGGGCUCAGCGGGAACCCGUGGAGCUGCGAGUGCGACAACGAGGACCUGUGCCUGUGGGUCCACCUGGAGGGCUUCAAGUUCCAAGAUGAGGGCCAGACAGUGUGUGGCUCACCUGCUGACAUGCAGGGCCGUCGACUGGGUGAGGUGGGCAUCCAGCUACGGACGUUAUGUCACCAGACUCUGGGCUCCUGGGACUACCUUUUCUUUGUCGCCAUUGGCUUUGUCAUCUUUGCUGCUGGCACUGUGUCGGCCUGGGUGAUGGGCGUCAUCAUGGUGCUGUACGAGCGCUACAUCAAGAAGAAAGAUGAACAGCUCGAUGUGGACGACGAGGAAGACACCAGUGAGACGGGUCGUACUUCGCGGGCCAGGAGUGACCAUGGCAAUGGGAAUUUAAAAAGCUUGCAUAAUGUUUAG